AUGGCGGCAGCGGCGGGCACGGCGGCGGGGCAGCCUGGGAGCCCUGUCAGCCUCAACUCCCUCAACCUGCAGCAGCUCGUGGGCGUUAAGGACCAACUCGACGGGGAAGUGCAGAAUCUGGCGGCUCACCUGCGCACGCUGCGCAUGGCGAGCGGGCGCCUGCAAGAAGCCAGAGACGCCCUCGGCAAGUUCGCUGACGCGAGCGACGAGGCGGAAGACCAGCAGGCGGAAGUCCUCGUCCCUCUCACCAGCUCGGUGUAUGUGAAGGGCCGGCUGGUGACGCGGAAGAAGCUGCUGGUGGACGUCGGAACGGGCUACUUGGUCGAGAAGAACUGCGAAGACGCGAAGAAGGGACUCGAAAAGAACGUGAGCAUGGUGAAUGAACAGGUGACAAAGCUCGAGAAGAUUCUGCCUGAGAAGCAGCGCCAGGCCGAGGCUGCGCAGAACAUGAUUCAGCAAAAGUACUUUCAGCAGCAGCUCAUGCUGCAGCAGCAGAUGCAGGGAGGCGCUCAGCCGGCCUCGAAAUGA